GGUACAAAACUGUAUCAAGAACAGCGGUUGUCAUUAAUUGUUCUAUUCUGUUAAUUCUUUAAAAUUAUUGUAGAAUAGUAUUUAAAAAUAAGUCUCUACGAUUUUAUACAAUAACAUUGUAUAAGAAAUUGUAAAUAGAUUGUUUAAUCUCAUAAUGAAGUUAUAAAACGAUUGCUCAAUAUAAAGUAGCAGUGUAGGUGUUAUAAUUGUUUUAACAGUGUAGACAAAUCUGAUAAAUGUGUGAGAGGUACCCAGGACACUUUUUUGGCACUCCUGUCACAGGCUGGGACAGGGGGUACAACCCGUUGGAAAAUCAAAUCCAACAGCAAUACCGAGGUCGUGGUCCCGGACUGGGGCCGGGUUUGGGGCCGGGGGCACGCUGCUGGGGCAGUAUGUCGGAGGGCGGCGGCGUGGCCGCGGCUGCCGAUUGCAGGACCAAUCUCAUCGUCAACUACCUGCCGCAGACAAUGACGGAGAAGGACCUAUACGCGAUGUUCAUGACGAUCGGACCUAUAGAGAGCUGUCGAGUUAUGAAGGACUUCAAGACUGGUUACAGCUACGGGUUCGGUUUCGUGAACUUCACGCGGGAGGAGGACGCCGCGCGCGCUAUCGACACAUUCAAUGGAUACCGCCUCAGGAAUAAAAGAUUAAAGGUGUCAUACGCGCGUCCCUCCGGCGAGGACAUAAAGGACACCAACCUGUACGUCAGCAACCUUCCGCGCGCCGUCACCGAUGAGCAACUGGAGACGAUAUUCGGCAAAUAUGGCCGCAUCGUGCAGAAACAUAUCCUCCGGGAUAAGAACAGUGGCACG